GGAGUGCAGACCCCGUGACCCUGUCCUCCGGCCUGUGCGCGCGGGAGCAGCUCGGGACUGCGCAGCGCCCCGCGUGUCGGUGAGCGACCCCAGACGCGCAGCCCCUCGGUUCCUUUUUCGGAGUGGAGCUGAACGGUGGCGCCCUGACAUGGGAAAGUCUUUUUCUCAUUUGCCUUUGCAUUCAAAUAAAGAAGAUGCUUAUGAUGGAGUCACAUCAACUGAAAACAUGAGGAAUGGACUGGUUAAUAAUGAAGUCCAUAAUGAAGAUGGAAGAGGUGGAGAUGUCUCUCAGUUUCCAUAUGUGGAAUUUACAGGAAGAGAUAGUGUCACUUGUCCCACUUGUCAAGGAACAGGAAGAAUUCCUAGGGGGCAAGAAAACCAGCUGGUGGCAUUGAUUCCAUAUAGUGAUCAGAGAUUAAGGCCAAGAAGGACAAAGCUGUAUGUGAUGGCUUCUGUGUUUGUCUGUCUGCUCCUUUCUGGAUUGGCUGUGUUUUUCCUUUUCCCUCGCUCUAUUGACGUGAAAUACAUUGGCGUAAAAUCUGCAUACGUCAGUUAUGAUGUUCAAAAGCGUACAGUAUAUUUAAAUAUCACGAACACACUAAAUAUAACAAACAAUAACUAUUAUUCUGUUCAAGUUGAAAACAUCACUGCACAAGUUCAGUUUUCAAAAACAGUUAUUGGAAAGGCACGCUUAAACAACAUAACCAAUAUUGGCCCCCUGGAUAUGAAACAAAUUGAUUAUACAGUACCUACUAUCAUAGCAGAGGAAAUGAGUUAUAUGUAUGAUUUCUGUACACUGAUAUCCAUCAAAGUGCAUAACAUAGUACUCAUGAUGCAAGUUACUGUGACAACAACAUACUUUGGGCACUCUGAACAGAUAUCCCAGGAGAGGUACCAAUAUGUUGAUUGUGGAAGGAACACAACUUACCAGUUGGGGCAGUCUGAGUAUCUAAAUGUACUUCAGCCACAACAGUAAAAACUAAAACAGAUGCCACUGGAGAAGAAGAAAUCCCUAUUAAAAUUUUCCUGAACUCUGAAGGAUGAGGUACUUACUUCCUGAUAGGAAAUCUUAAAUUGAACAAGCCUAAAGUUUACACUUCCAUUUUAGGGGUACAGUUAAAAAGUAUGUGGACUUGUACAUUAUUGCAACACUCUACUCUGUGUUCAUGAUAUCUGUACCAGGAUCUUUUACUUGAAUCUAAAUUUGCCGAUUGAUUUCCUUCUCCCCCUCUCCCCAGAGGGGGACAUUGAGACUUCCCAUGUUGGACAAUAAGUAAUUAUUUACAAUUCACAGCUUCAGUCACUACUGGAAACAAUUUUGAUGAUGAACAGAAUUUGAGAAACUUUAUUUCUGAAUGUUUUUAUAGAAUAUUACUGAGAGCCUAUUAUUCAUGACUUUUAAAAAAUAACCUUUUUUCUGUUUUAUAAAUUCCCAUUGCUACAUAGUAGUAUUUCAAGAUAUUUUAGCUUUUAGCUAAAACAUUUGUAGUUUUUCAUUUGUUGAAAUUCUAGUCAUUUGCAUGUUUUUGUCAGUCUUAUUUCAAGCUAAUGCUUGCAUAACACUAGAAACCAAAAUAAUCUGCAAAGUUCUGUACCUAAAAUUUUUUAAAGCCCCCUGUUUCACAUGUCUUUCCAUAUAAGUUUUGUGAAAUUUGUGUGUGGUCUUCAACCAUAGUUAAUGUACAAUACUGUAAAUAAACUGUGCAUGGCUUUUAUAUAGCUUUAAUAAAUGUCAAAUAAAGUACAGAUUCAAAAUGAAGUAAGUUGCUCAUAAAAAUAAAACAGGAAAAAUGAAAUUCAGAAACUUACAGAAUAUGAAUAUGGUUCUAGUUACAUAUGGGAUUAGGCAUAAAGUAGUUUUGAAAUAAAGUAUUUUGAUGCUCCACUUUUUUUUUUAAUGUUGCUUUUCCUAUUAACAAGUUGUGGAGACAACUUUUCACAACUCCUAGGUACCCAAGUCACUCCCGUCAUCCAUUUUAUGCCUGUUUUAAGGAGGAAAUCAUGUCUUUGGUAGAAGUUAUCCAAGAAAUCUUGUCAUUAAAUAAUGGUGGCUAUAUCAAAAUGAAACCUAUAUUAUCCUUUUUAAAAAUUUAGUCACUUUGCACGUCACAUGGAUACCAUGCCUCUAGCAGUUAUAUUUCAAAAUUUUCAAUUUUUUUGUUUGGAUUUUAUUUAAAAUUGUUUUCAAGUAUAAAUUAUUGACUUUUUCAUUUGGCUUUAUUUUUGUUUUAUAUUUUCAAUACCAUUUUCCAUUCGGGCUUCUUGCCUUUUCACUUGACAAAUUCUGAUUACCUUGUAAAUAAAUUCCACUGAGGGUAGGGGCUGACUGUGAUACCAAAAAAAAUAAAUAAUAAGUGGCUUAAGAUUAAUUUCUUUCUGUUCCCUCGUGACAGAAGUCAGGUUCCCCCUCCCCCAAAGUGCCUAACUUAGGUCUGAAACAUACUAUUUAUCAGUCGGACUCUCAGCUCUAACACACAAGCUUUGUUUAACUAUUUGGAGCGAAUGAAGCCUCUUUUCUGCCUUGAAACACUCAGGUCUCCCCUUAGCUUUCAUAUCAUUUUCUCCACGUUUUCCUGAGUGAACAUUUUAAAUGGGUGGAAUGCACAGACUUUUUUUUUUUUUAACUGCUUGUCUUACCUCAAUCCAUUGGUAACUCAUCCAUCUUUGCUAUUAAAGUCACCCCAUCACAUCUGUACAGACUCACUAGUCAAACCCAGUCUUAAUGUGUUUUUCUUCUGCUGUGUUUUUUGACUACUCCCAUUUUCCAUGAAAUUGCAUACUUCCCUCAUAUAUUGAUUCUAUUUGUUAUUUUUCAAAUCAUUCUCAUUUCAUUUUCCUUCAUUCUCUGUCUUUUGACAUCUUUUAAUGAGUAUUAUCUGGAUCCUCUUUUGCCUCAAAAUUUCUAAUCCUGUGACUUUAAUUAACAGUCAUUUAUCUUAGGGCUUCUGAGUCUUUCUGUACACCUGACUGGUCACCUGUCUACUUGAGAUAAGAGUAUUUCAGUGACUCUUUGUGUAAAAUCAUAAGAUAUUUGAAAAAUCUUCAUCAUAUUCUGUUCUGUUCUCUCCUUGUCCUCAUGUCCCAUUUACUUCAAAAUCACCAUUUUUUCAAAAUCAUCCUUCAGAUAUGCCUCCUUCAGAAAUCAAUCCUGAUUUAUUUUUCUGCUCUGAAUCUUUUAACCUUGGACAAGUAUGUAGUGUAAAUUAAAUGGAUUUUUCUGUUGAUUUGUGGUUCUGGUAUCCUUUUAGAAUGCAUGCAGAGUCUGCUAAAGAGACAAAGUGAGGGAACAUUUGCUUUUAGUGACUUAGUUUUGAAUAUUUUUUCUUCAUUUUUUUUAAACUAAAAACUCCUUAUUUUACCUACUUUCCAUGAAGCAUAAGGUAGAAAAACCUAGAAUUUAAAAUACAUGAAAACCAAUAGUAGAGGAAAAAAGGAUCACCUGUGACUGCUUUCAGAGACGUUUAAGUAACUUGCCAGAAUAAGCCUGGGACAGAGCAGGCUGUAAAUUAAUAUUACCAAAACACAUUCAGGUGAAACAGAAUUUAUAGCCAUUAAACACAGACACAGGGAAGAAUGAAUGAGCAUUGCCAGCAAAUUUUUUCUUAUAUAGGGAUAGGGUAGAUAUCGAUACAUUUUUUAAAACUGCUCUCAGAUCUUAUUCAAAGGAUACGGUAAAGAUGUUACAUUUUUUUUCCUGAAACUCUCAAGAAUAAUUUUCUCUUAAAUUACACUUUUAAUAGACUGGUCAUUCUAACCAAAUCCAAUACUAUAUAACAAGUCUCUGUGUGUUGAUAUUCUAUGUAUCGAACACUAUGCUCUUCUCUAGAGCUCUUUCAUAUAUUUCUCCUUAUAUAAUAUCCCUGGUCCUGUGAGUCAGACAAAGGGGUGGCAGGAUCCUUGUCUUUUAGAAGAGGAAGGAGAGGCAUGAAGAAGUGAAGGGACUUGGGGAAGAUCACAUACUUAGUAAAUAGUUUUAUUGGGGCCAGAUCUAGUUUUUCGGUUUCUUGUGUACGUGCUCUGUCAUUUAAAAAAUAAGUAAAUAAAAUAGAGUCCAUUAGGAAGCCCUGUUGACUCAGGUUAGUAUGAUUAAAACUCAGAGAAAACAUUCACUUAGUUAUUAGUGACAAUCAAAAUAAUACAGAUGGACUAAGAUUUGGGUACCUUUAACUUGGUACCUGAAAUAUUCCUAAUGAAAAAUGAGCACUUGUACAAUAUUUUGGUAUAGCAUAAUCGAUAGCUGAUUUCUUCUGUUAAAAUUUAUACUCCUUGAUCAUUCCAAUAAAGAUACGGCUGAUAGGUUGUCAGAGUAGGCUAUUUAGUAGAGAUUAAUGUAUUUGAGAUUUGAAAUAAGAACAGUGUGAAAAUAUUAGAUACCAGAUAAAUUGCUUGAAAUUGCUAAAUAACCAUCUUUACUAUAGUACGUAACAUGUAAAUGACUGUGGUUUUAUUUGUGAGCAGUUUUUCUGUGCCUUUUUUGUUUGUUUAGGCCAAUGAGAUCAUUAUUUUCUCUAAGAGUUCAUGACAAAAUAAAAUUUAGAUCUUCUGAAUUGUAGUUUGGAAUUGAUAUAUCCAGUACAGUGUUAACAUGGAGGGAAAGUGAUUGCCAAAACACCAUGAAAGUAUCAUUAUUGCAAUAUAAUUCUGGGGGUGUGUUGUUGCAGGGCAUGUCCCCACUUGUCUUCUAUUACCAAUUUUUAAAAAAUUCUUAAAUAAUUCUUUAUAAUGAUUCUAUUUAAGAAAAUAGUUUGUUAGGUGCUUGACCCCAAAGUAAGUCACUGUUAGUAUAAAGUCACUGUUAAUAUUAUUAUUAACAAAUAAUAUUUGUUAACGUGUCAGAUACUGUAGUAAUCUCUUAUGUGCAUUAUCUGAUUCUUAUUCAGAAGAGGCCUCUAAAGUAGAUACUGACAAUGCCCCCCAUUUUUUAUCUGAGGAGAUCCAGUUCUAGAGAAGAAAUAUGCAUAAGCUUGGAAGGGGCAGAUUUGAGAUUCAAAACAUGUCUUGAUUGACUCAAACAUCAUUGCUCUUACGAUUAGCGUAUUUUCUUUCCAGCCUUUGAAAAUGUUUUGUUUGUAAAAUUUUAUUGGUUGUUGCACUUAAUAUAUAAGAUUUUGAGGUUUUUGAUAGUAUUUUCAAAAAUACUAUUAGGAUACUUUAUUUUGUAGAUCUUUGGUAUGAUAAAAAUGGUUUACCAAUGAAUUUUAAAGUUUUUAAAAUUCAUACUUAUCUGUUAUACAGUAUUUUUCUUUUUAAAAGAUACAAAAUUUUAAAUUUACAAAUACACAUCAGACUUCUUUGGUAAGCAGUGUGAAUUGAAUUUCAGGGUAUUAGGUUGCAAACCACAGGUUACUUACCAUAGUGUCAUGAUUUUUAGGUCAUAGUAUCUGGAAGCAGUAACUACUUGGCUCAAAUACAUCUAAGAAUAAUUAAGUUUUAUUUCUUUUUUGUAAGAUCAGAUUUUAAAUGAGAUGUUUAUCUGAAACUUAAGGAAAAUAUAUGUGUUUGAGAAGAUGGAGUUAAAAGACUGUUAAACAUUAUUUCUUUAAAAAAAUUUAUUUUUACAUGAAAGCAAUAUAUUUGUGAUGUGCUUCGAUCAAAAAUUUUACUUCUAUAUCCCAGAUCUACUUAUUUAAAGGUAAAAAUUUUCACUUAGCUGAAAUUUCUGAUUAGAACUAAUAUUUGUGUAUUUUUGUGCUUAGUGAGAAUGUAAAUUUCACAGUGGAUUUUUGAAAUUUAUCCUUACUUUGGAUAAAAGCCAGUGAUAUAUUUAUAAAAUUACUAUAGGGAUGAAAAUGGUAAUUUCCAUUUUUUUAAAAAAACUAGUGUGAUUAUGUUUGUAGUUCUUUUUACACAUGUUUAGCACAGGCUCUAAAUUAAAUAUCUAUAUUGACCCUAAAAAUACUCCAUGAAUUAAUUUAACAAAUAUUUGGCAAGUUUUUCAUAGCUAAAUAGCUCUUCUAGAAGGGAAUUGUUGCCUUCUGUUUAAUUACAUUAAUUGAAAUGUGUUUAAGAGAAAUGUUUUCAGCGUAUUUUGUAUACUAAAAAACAAAAAGGAUUAGUAUUGGGCCAAUGGCCAAGAGGUAAUAUUACUACCAUGUAGACUAUUACUGUUCAAAUGGUCCCACUUCCCCCAGAAUUUUAGGAACUAGAAGUCUGGGAGAUACUGUGUCAGCUGUGGUCAGGUGAUUCUCAGUGCUGUUCAUCUUUUAAUUAUUGUGUGAGAUGGAACAAAUGGGAAGUUGCAAAAGAUGCAUAAUUUCAUUAUGUAAUGGUUUGUUUUAGGUGUAAAACAUCAGCAAGCUAUGCCUUGUGUUUUGUUGUAUAUUUCCUUGUAGAACUAAAGUGAGAUUUUGGAAAAGGAUUUAAAAUGCUUGCUUACUUGAUCUGAUCGGUCACAUAUUUGAAUGAUGGCAUUACUGGGUAGAGUUCAAUCCAUGAUUUUAAUUGUGGAAUAAAGAAUAAUACAGAAUGAAAGACUAUGUUUGGGCACUUACUCUGCUAAUCAUGUGUUAGCCUCCAUCAUAACACACUAAAUUUCCAAGUUGAGCAGUUCUGUAAUUGUAAUUAUUGUUGCUGUUCAUGUAACAAAACAUGCUUAUGUUAGUAAAAGGAACAGAAGUGCCCCAAAAUGCUAUUUUUUAAUUACUUGUAACUGUUGCUCUUGUAAUUGUGUAUGACAGAAUAAAAUUUGUAAACAUUUUAGCAUGAAAAAUAAAAUUUGUAUCAGUCAA